GACACGUCGCAAAUGUAACCCGACAUUUUCCUUCAUUUCUCUGUUUAAUAUAAGUAACUUCUCGUUAUCUUAUAGCAUCAAAAUGCAUUGGUUUAACGGUGGAAUACCAGAGGCCAUUAUGUCGUCCAAACAGCGAAAUCUUCCUUUUAUUGUCUACAUUGAAGGUUCUGAUGAAUCUUCCAAUCAAAUGGAUGCAGUUUGGAAUGACUCAAAGGUCUCUGAGUUAUUUUCUAGUGAAAAAUGUGUUGCCAUCAAACUAAACAAUGAAAGUGAACAAUGCAAGCAGUUUUCACAGCUCUACCCAGUUGUUUGUGUCCCUUCAAUAUUUUUUAUUGGUUCAACGGGUAUGCCUCUAGAAGUUGUUGGAGGAGYGGUAACUGCAGAUGAUUUAAUAGCRAAAGCAAAUACAGCUUUUGAGRUUUUUAGAAAUGAAGUCCAACAAUCUUCAAGUAGCACAGAAUCUGAACCCACACAAAGCUCAUCAUCUGCUUCAGAGUYACAGAAUGAAACUUCCUCAUCUACAGUUGAGGAAAGAGUUGAAAGAGCAAAACGACUGAUUGAAGAAAAGAGAAAACAGAAAGCAGAACAAGAGAAAAAGGAAAAAUUAGAAAAAGAGACAAAAAGACGUGAAGAAGGACAGCAGUUAACGCUGGCAAAGAAAGAACUCGAAGAAAGACGUCAACAAGAGCUUGUUAACCAAAUACGAGAAGACAGAGCCAAAGAGAAGGCGGCACGUGAAGCCAUUCGUCAAAAGAUUGCUCAAGACAAGGCUGAAAGAGAAGCAAGACGAAAGGAUGAAUUACGAGAAAAAAUGUCCGCAGAACAACCAAUGUCAAGUCAAACAACGACCAGUACGACGACAACGAAGACAAAUUCGAAUACAACAAGACUCCAGUUUCGACUGCCUGAUGGUAGCUGUAUAAUCGAAACUUUCCAGUCAGAUGCGMUCUUAGAAGCAGCGAGACAGUUUGUUGAAACGGAGACAAGUUACAAGGCAAUCGCUCUAACAAUGGUGUAUCCUCGACGACAACUAACAGAUGAUGACAUGCUACAAACUCUUAGCUCUCUUGGUCUUAGUCCUAGCUCAACACUCAUUGUCUCACCAGCUACUACAACAUCAAUAGCAAAAGGUUCUUCAUCAGAUUCAUUUGUGAUGAUGAUUCUUGCGCCAUUUUUUGCRCUGUUUAACUUCAUAAAGGUGUUUUUAUUUGGUGGAAGCGAGCAUCCACGAGGAUCUUAUGGCGGAGAUAACAUGCAAAGAUCCCGAGAACACGUCCAUAUUUCUGAUUCUAGAACAGCAAGCGCAAACAAUGAUUUAAGGAAAAGAAAUACAAGCAACCAAAAAARCACAGAAGGGAACAUCCAUCGUUUACGAAAUCAAGAUGAUGACGAUGAGAAUAAUACUUGGAAUGGGAAUUCUACUCAACAGAUGUAGUUURCCACAGAAAACCAGCCUGGYGAAUCGAUGAUUUACUGAUAGASAUGCCACCGCAUUUUAUUAAACUUUGACCAACCUACUUGCGUGAGGUUGAUUUUUAUAGUGGGGAAGGAGUGCUUUAAGCGUUGUGUCAAACAAUAACCCCUUCCCCCUUUUGAAACGUGCUGAAAGGUAGYCCAGUGUUUGAAUCGAAACGAAAGACGAUAUUCCCUGGAGAGCAGGCUGUCUCGUUUAAUACAAACAAAAGUAGAUUCUUGCAGUUGAAUGCUAGAUAAAUUCAAUAAAAUACUAAGAAAUACAA